ACAAAAAGACGCACGCUUGUUGAGUUCUAAUUCCAUUCGAGCCGCGAUGGAGAAGAAACUCAGCCUCCUUCAAACGGUGGCGGCGGCGGGUGUCUUCUCCGCCGUCUCCUUCUGGUACGGGUUCAUGUUCGGGAGAGAAUCCGCGCGCAAGGAGCUCGGCGCGCUCAUCGAGGAGCUCCGCCGCGGCAACGCGUCGUCCCCCGACGAAGCUCCUCAUCGUAGCCCCUGAGCAGGUACGAGAGUGCCUGUUUGUGCCCUAGCUCUCCGCUCUUUACUCCUCUAAAGUAUCUAGAAUCUGAAUUUCGUGCGUUUUCUACACUAUUGACCUAAUGAUCAAAGCGUCAUAAAAAUUAUAAUUUUAAAGAUCGUGGGGCG